UUGACGGUGUUUUAAUCUCGCUUGUAGGUCACAGCGCCAGGCAGUCGUGGUGCACGCCAAGAAUGGCGAACUUCCAUGAUACUGUCGAGGGAUAAUGGCAAAUAAUGAAAUGCAACUAAUAGUUCAAAUGCUUCUGUAAUUCCAGGCUCCAGGUCUCUUAGAGUAUUUGGAUUUUGGAACGUUUAGCUGUAAGAAUAUAGGUAAGAAGACAUCUCUUGGGUACUUAAAGGCCUCAAACUGCUCUAAUCAAACUUUGAGUGAGUUUGUCUGUCGAGCUAUAUCAUCGGCGUGCAAUGUACAAUUUCGGCUUUUUAGUCUUAUGGUAGUACAAUUCAAAAGAAAUACCCUGAAACCAAUAAGAAUUAUGAACAGACGAUUUUUAUUGUUCGUCAAGGAAUGCCGACCCAUCAGACAGUCGUCUAUAUGUAGCUCGAGACCUGUUGUGAUUUAGGUCUUUCUAUUUAGCUUAUAAUGCGCUGUUGUAAUUUUCGUACUGGUUACUACUUACCACUGCUUUCGAAAAAUUUGUGAGGUGAUCUCUAGAUUAUUUACGUCAACCUCAUAACUAAGGAGUCAGGGUUUGUCAUAGCUACCUUGUCGGAUACAAAAGAUGUUAUGCAGCUCACUCUCAAAGAACUCUGCUAUUCAGGUAGACUGCCAAAAAGAUAUUUCCUGAUAGCCGUAAGGAUGUACUAGGAUCGUCAGUAUAAAAGUAGUACACGGAUUUUCUCUUACAAGACAAAACCCAUAUAGUAGCUUUAUUGAAUCGAGUAAAAGUUGUAAAGGUUGGUAAGGACCUUCCAAGUAACAUUUCGAAACAUUCUUGGUCUGCAGCAUCAUCAAGUGUUGAGAAUAUAAAGAUCGGGAUGUCGAAACAUAACUAACGCGCACUGCUGAAUUAGGUUUAAACUAACUUCAAAUUAUGUAGUGAAUACAGUAAAAGUUUCCCAUAUGAAGUUUUGAGUCCUUUUGUCCCAUACUUUCCGAGUCAGUUCUGUUCUUUUUGCUAUUGGGUAAUCUCGCAGGUAAUCUGGUAGAUAAUACUAAAUUAGUGCACUUGUCCAGGUCUUACGUAACUGCCUUCAUAGAUGUAUGUUAACUUGGUUUUCUGUUCACAAUGUUCCUAAACAAAUGUAACGUAAUUCCAGAUUGAUAUCUUGACAAUUAUUCUUAUCAUAACUCGAGAUUUCGUGUAAGACAAAGUGUUUCUGCUCCCCCAAUCUGAUUUAAGCAAGUAUCGACUCGAUUUCGGGAGUUUCGAAAUGAGUUGUCGCAGUCCCAUUUUGUUGGACUGCAGCCAACGAGCAGAUUCUGUCACUUCGACUGAUAUUAAUGGAAAGUAAACAUCUAGCAUAGAUACCAUGCUUUCAUGGUUUCACGCUUCACGUCGAUUAUAUCCAACAUCAACCCUCAGAUUCCAUCUUACCUUGAGACAAUGUUCCGCACUACUGCUUUAUCAAAGGUUUUUCUGUAAGUGCUGAGUUUGUGAAACCAUAUGUAACAUGUUUUGGUUCAUGUUGCACCUAGCAAAUGUUUUUUCUAGUGUAAAUUUACAUCAAUUAUUUGAUUCGAUCUUUAUUUCCUAGAUGCUUAUUUUUUGAUAUUUUUUUUCCCAGGGUAUUGAUAUCUGUCAUAGAUACGAUAGAAAGGUAAAGAGGAAAAAUCCAAAAAGCGAUGAUGUGUACCUUCGCCUGCUUGUUAAAGCGUACAAAUUUUUGGCACGUAGAACCGGUUCAAAAUUCAACAAAAUAAUAAUGAGGAGACUUUUUAUGAGCAAAAUCAACAAACCAGCCCUGUCUCUGGCACGCUUGAUGCGGGUAAUGAAGAAAAGUGGGCGUGAAGAUAAAAUCGCUGUUUGUGUUGGAACCAUCACUAAUGAUACGAGAAUACGAGAGUUCCCAAAAAUGAAAGUGUGUGCUCUUCGAGUAACCGCGGCUGCCCGUGAACGGAUUUUACAUGCUGGUGGUGAAAUAAUCACUUUCGACCGUUUGGCAAUUCUCAGUCCUCUGGGAAAAAAUACAGUGCUAAUUCAGGGACCGAGAAAAGGAAGAACUGCUGUCAAACACUUCGGCCCUGCACCUGGAGUACCAGCAAGCCAUACGCGACCCUACACUAUUUCAAAGGGUCGUAAGUUCGAGAAAUCUAGAGGUCGUCGUGCUAGUCGGGCUUACAAAAAGAAAGGUGGACGAUAAAAAUAUGUACGAGAAUGCUUUCUGUUUUAAGUUUGUGGUUGGAAUAAAUUAUCGAUAAUGAAGACUAACGUGUUUCUCAUUUUGGACUAAUACCAGUCCUAGUACAUUCGUCUAUGUCUGGAUGGUGAAACAUUCAAUUUUAAAGAACCCAAACAUGUAUAUAUAAGUACUAUUAGUAAAAAUGUUCAGUCUUG